AUCAGGAGUUCAGUAUCUGUGGAUCAGAGAGUGUCGAUGGUCAGAGAGACAGGAUGCUGUCUGUGGUCUGUCUUCUGUCAGUGAGUCUGUUUCCCGUUCACACAGGUGAAUUCAGUCUGAAAUCACUGAACACGUCACUGCAUGACAAGGACAGAGCUGAUGAUUUAAAGUUGAAUCAGCUGAAUGUGACUUUAAAUGAAACUCUGCAGGAACAUGAAAUGUUCUCUGAACGUUUCGGAUACAGUGACCUUUCGGGGGUCAGGUCCUUUGUCCCGGAACAGGAGAUGGAGUCCAGGAUCAUCGGGGGUCAGGAGGCCUGGGCGCACUCGUGGCCCUGGCAGGUCUCACUGAGAUUCGCCUCGAUGCCGGCCUGUGGAGGAGCCAUCAUCGGGCCGCUGUGGGUCAUCUCUGCUGCCCACUGUUUCAAGAGGUACAACAAGGCUUCGUUCUGGACGGUUCUGGCUGGAAAACAUGACCUGGAUAAUCCUGAAGAACCCACACAACAAGUGGUCGGAGUCUUGGUGAUCAUCAACCAUCAUGGCUACAACACUCGGACCAAAGACAAUGACGUGGCUCUGCUGAAGCUGCAGCACCCACUCAUCUUCAAUCAGUUCAUCAGACCCAUUAAUAUCUGGAUGACCCCACUGCCUCCCUUCAGGAGGUGCACCAUCACUGGCUGGGGCUCCACCCGAGAGAAUGGUCCUCGGAUUCACAGGCUCCAGGAGGUGAACGUCACCAUCCUGCCCUUCGAUGUCUGUAACCAGUACUACCUCGGGAGGAUACGACCGUCCAUGUUCUGUGCCGGCAAGGAUGGAGGCGGAGCUGACGCCUGCCAGGGGGACUCUGGAGGUCCUCUGUCCUGCUUCACGGGCAGCAGGUAUGAGCUCGCUGGUGUGGUGAGUUGGGGAAUUGGCUGUGGACGAGCCAGAAAACCAGGAGUCUAUACCAAAGUCCAACAACACACCGAGUGGAUGUCCACCGUCAUAAGUGAUCAGAGUAUCAUGUCUGCAGAUGACGUCACUCCUGAAGAGGACAGGUGUGGUAAGCACCAGAGCUCCAGCUGUAGGACAUCUCCAGGCCUCGCUGCCCUCUCAGUGUCCCAGGACGGUGAGGCAUCUGUGAGGAAUGUGACGGAGUCCUGCCCCUUCUUCUGGCCCUGGCAGGUCAGCCUGCAGUCCGGUAGACGCCACUACUGCAGCGGAGCACUGAUCCACCACCGCUGGGUCCUCACUGCUAAACACUGCAACGUCAGACCUAAAGAGGACGUGGUGGUUCUGGGAGUUCAUGACCUCCGCUUCACAUCAUCUCAAACUGUCCCAGUGGACAAGGUCUUUAACCCGCCUCAUGAUGGCAGCUUCCCUCCAAAAUCUGACCUUUCGCUGCUCCGCCUCAGCGUGCCCACCAGAUUCAGCUCUAAUGUGUCUCCAGUUUGUGUCCCCGAUGAGGAUCACGACCUCGAUGACAGCUGGUCUUGUGUCACAACUGGCUGGGGAGCCACAAAAGCAACAGACAUCGAUCCGGACCGGCUCCACCACGCUGGACUGACUCUGCUUAAUCAGACCACCUGCAUGGAGAAGUGGGGAGGAGGACUCAUCAGUGACACCCACAUCUGUUCACAUCCUGCAGGCUCCGCCUCCUGCAUGGGUGACUCAGGAGCUCCGCUGUUGUGUCGGAAGGGUGGUGCCUACUUCCUGUUUGGCGUGCUCACAUGGGGCAGCAGGCGGUGUGACGUGGACAAACCGGCCAUCUUCACCAGAAUCUCAGAUUAUCAUUCAUGGAUCAGUGAGCUGAUGGAACUGAAAGUUGGACGUAUCAAACCGAAUGGAUCUUCUCAUUAACUUCUGGAGAUGUCGGACUGAAGCCUGAGCACCUGAACACAUCAUUAGUGUUUUCU